UCAAAAUUUCCCCACUUUUUGUAGAACACCAGAAGGGGGCAUCAAUUCACGACACGAGGGAUGGGAGCACCCAAACGGCUGAGAGCCUGACGACACACUCGCGUCCGUUCCCCUAUGUCGACGACGAAUGCUUAUGCCGGUGCUCGAUCCGGCGGAAAAAUAGUUAAUAAAAGGCACAGGAAAUUCUCAACAUUCACCCCAUACGACCGUCCACCUCCGCCUCCAGCACAGCAAAGCCCCAAUUGGCUCACCGGUGUCGUGUUUCCGGCCACUCGUACUAUUGUCUCUGGUGCAGCAAAGUUGCUGUCUUCCGUCUUCGAUUCAGACUCUUCUUCUUGUUCUUCAUCUUCGGCGUGUACACACCCUGACAGCAAUAGCAUAGAAGAGGAUGACACCAAAGAUGACAAUGAUCAUGAUAAAGACGUCGAAUUAUUGAAAGAGACAGACUAUGCUGCAACAGAUGGUGAACAUAGUGAAGGAAUGAGCAAGAGCAAAUGUUUAAUCGAACAGCUACUUAUGAGGGAAACUUUUUCAAGGUACAGGGCAGAGUGUGAGAGGUUUAUAAACUUGAUCAACUCCAGAGCUGUGGAUUCGCCAACACUCUAUUAUGGCCUCCAAGAUGCAAUACCGGAUGGAACCACCGGUACCUUGAAUGCUUGCAGUCAAGCUAUUAUUGAAGCACGAGAAUGGUUAAAAAACAAGAAAGAAGAUUUGCACUUAGGUCCAUGCCUUGUUGAUCAGCCAAUAUCUUUUAUAACUGAAAAUAUGGAAAAUGUAGAUGGCUCUCCUAUAUAUGUGGCAAAAUCAUAUAUGAAAGCUCGUCCUCCAUGGGCAUCUCCUUCUGCCGAGCAUGAAACAAGAACACCAUCAAUGAAGUUGAAGCUUUUCGACAAGGGAACUCCUUUUCCUGAUGGGGUUGAUUCUACAUCCUCUUCACGGAAAAAAAAUGCUCUUGCAUCUGGAUCAUGGAAUAUACAUGAGGAAAUACGAAGAGUUCGUUCAAAAGCAACAAAUGACAUGCUACACUCCCCCCCUGCCAAAAGAAUUGAUCUGCCACUAUUGUCUGAACAGAAAAUGAAGCGGAAAGCUUUUAUUGAUUCAAAACUGACUACUAUGGGUGACAUGGCAGUACUGGCUACUGAUAUUGGAUUAUCUGAGAUCAGACAAUUUGCUGGAGAGUCAAAAACUGUGCUACUCAAGCCAUCUGAAGCACAGGAUAAUGAACGAGCUGAAGUUGCUGGAGUGUCUUCUGCUUUCGAGUCUCAUCACCACAGUGGUCCUGUUCUCACAUCAGAAAAUGUUGAUGCAGUGAAAGGCGUACCAUCCUUGGAAGUUAGUUUGCUUGGAGGUGGAGAACAUGAACAGAUGCAAAUAGGCGCAUUUCCAAGCACCGAAAGACCGAGUAAUGAUGUUAGGGCGGUGCAGGUCAAGUGUGACUUUCUAACCGAGUGUCUUGAAAUACCUAAUUACGAGAAUGAGCAGAUGAGUAGUGGUAGUAGUAGUACUCCAAAAUAGUUCUAACACGCUUUAGUAAUAAUAUUUUAUCGUAGAGUAACCCCCUUUCUCAUCGCCCACUUUAUUAGUCUUGCACUCUAUUGUAGACUAGGCUAAGCUAGACUAGAAUGCUUUGGCAUGCAUGCUUCCAUACCUCCUGUAGUUCUUAUUAGUAUUUAGUAUAUUAUUGUACAUUUUUUGAAGUUUAUUUAGAACAUAUUUUUGAUGUUUUGUUUUCAUCCCUUUCAACUUUGAUAUAUGUUACAGAUUUUA